CUUCGGGUUAUUAAAUACUAAUUAAUUACAGCCAUAAAAUAAUUGAUUAGUGAAAUUCACAUAUUAACCAUAUUUAUGAAUAGAGGUUGAAGAUUGUAUUUGUAUACAGAGGAAUCUUUCCAUACACCAAAGAUGAGUUUUGCGAAUUUUGGAAGAUGGGCUCGUUUGAGGUCUAUGCUGAUGAAGAGGAACACACGUUCACUUCUCAGUCCCCCGGACACUGUGAGAAGAGAAGAAAUUGGAUUCGAUUUCAAAGCUUACAUGCAGCACAAGAUUAACACAGUGAACCGAGCCUUGGACGCUGCCAUCGAGCUCAAGGAGCCCAAGAAUAUCCACGAAGCCAUGCGCUACACGCUCCUCGCAGGCGGCAAGAAGAUCCGCCCGGUGCUCUGCAUCGCUGCGUGCGAGCUUGUCGGAGGAACCGAUUACGCCGCCGUACCUGCCGCAUGCGCCGUCGAGAUGGUCCAUGCCAUGUCGCUCAUCCACGACGACUUGCCCAGCAUUGACAACGAUGACCUACGGCGAGGGAAGCCGGCGUGCCACAAGGUCUUCGGCGAGAACGUGGCGAUCCUCGCAGGCGAUGCGCUGCAGGCCUACGCGUUCGAGCACUUGGCGGCGUCGACGAAGGGCGUGUCUCCCACUCGAGUGGUUCGCGCGAUAGUGGAGUUGGCGAAAUCGGUCGGCGCGGAAGGCGUUGCAGGGGGACAAGUGAUGGAUGUGAGCUCGGAAGGGUUGUCGAGUGAGGUGGGUUUGGAGAGGGUGGAAUUGAUUCACCUUAAGAAAUCGGCGGCGUUGUUGGAAGGUUCGGUUGUGUUGGGAGCAAUAGUGGGGGGUGGGUCGGACGAGGAAGUUGAGAGGUUAAGGAUGUUUGGUCGGUGCGUUGGGUUGAUGGGCCAGAUUGUGGAUGAUAUUGUGGAUGUUACGAAAUCGACGGAGGAGUUGGGGAAGACGGCGGGGAAGGACUUGGUGGUUGAUAAACUCACAUAUCCCAAGGUUUUUGGGAUGCAUAAGUCUAAGGAGAUUGCUCAGAAAUUGGUAGAGGAUUCCACGGAAAUCUUGGUUGGGUUUGAUAACCCAAAGGUAGCUCCACUGGUUGCUCUAACUAAUUACAUUGCAGGCAAAAUUAAUUAACAAAAUAUGUAACUCCAUAUUAUAUUUUCUCAAUUUAAUUAUCGACUUUUAAUAACUUGUUAUUCUUUUAAGAUUUAACUCGCAAAAGCUUCAUAUAUCCUCAUUGGCUUGACCAGUCUUUAUGUGCCAUAUAAUCAAAUUUGACGUAUAUUACAUUAGCUAUUAUUAAAUCCAAUGUAUAGGGUAU